AUGUAUAUAUCUAAGAAGGUGUUAAAGCAUCAUUUCGACCCCCGUAAGGCUCCAUGGGAGACAUACCUACUAUGCAAACUGCAGUGGGGUGAGGAUGGCAAGCGUUGGAUACACUGGGUCAGAAAUGAGCAUUAUUACCAUGCUGAAGUCUACUUCCUAGAGAAGAUCUUUAAGAUGAGAAGAUCCAAUAAUUAUGUCAACUGUUCCAUCACCUGGUACUUGUCCUGGAGCCCCUGUGCGAAAUGCUGCCGUAAAAUACUGAAUUUCUUAAAGAUGCACUCAAAUGUGAAGAUAGACAUAUAUGUAGCACGGCUUUAUUACAUAGAAGAUGAAAAAAAUCGCCAAGGUUUGAAGAAACUUGUGAGCUUGGCAGGAGUAAAGAUUGCUGUCAUGGAAAUUGAAGGCAAGGUUUCCCGUACUUUGUGGGACUGGGAAGGGGUGAACUGGUGA